AUGCGCGUUUUGAUUUUGAUUUUUAUUGUCACGGUAUUUUCAGUUAAUUGUGAAAGGUAUCCAAUUUCCUUGUAAUAUUUGCACGUUUUCAAAUGUUAUUUAGAUGUCCACCAGUUUUCGGAGAAUUUGAAUGUCCCGUCGGUUAUUCAUGCGAAGAUAAACAAUGUAUAGGACGGAAUAAAUCGCCAUCAACGUCUUGCUCAUUCGAAAUCGAAUGUUCAGAAGGUCAUGUUUGUUCGGAAGGCAAAUGUUAUCCGAUAAAUAUAGUGAAAUGUAAUCGACAUGUUCUUGUAAGUCCCGAAAAUGCACGGAGUAUUGUUUCGGAUUGUGGAAAGAAAGGAAAAUGUGUUAAUGGGCAAUGUGUUUUAGACAGUGGGUUUUUUGAAAGAAAUUCGAAAAAAACCCAUAUUUUAAAUCAGGAUGUUAUGGAAUUUCUUGCGAAGACGGUUCGAUUUGUCGCGAUGGUAAAUGCGAAAAAAUUCUCGAUACAUUUUGCAUUGGCCACGCGGAUUGUGGACCCGCAAUGAUUUGUCAGGCGAAUAAAUGUCAACAAAAAGCGCAGGAGCCAAUUUGUAAUUGUCAACCACACGAGAUUUGCCAUCACGGUCAAUGCUAUCCGAAUACACGUGGGUUUUGAGCUAUGACGUGGCAUUUUCCUUCAGAAUGUUUUCAGAAUGCACCUCAAUUUAUUGCGAACCUGGAACGUAUUGCGUCGAGGGACAAUGUCUGAGUGCAAUUGGAAAACAAUGUCAAGAUGACACGUGUCACGGUGGAACGGUUUGUGUAAAUGGUUUUUGUGUAGCGAAUGCGUGUCCCGGAAGAUGUCCACAUGAUCAAGAUUGUCGUUUGGGUGAAUGUCGAAUUAUGGAAGGAUUGCCGUGUGUUGGAGAAUGUCGACAUCCAUUUGAAUGUGUUGAUGGAAGAUGUAGAAGGAAUGGUGAGUGAAAUUUGGGGUUUAAUUUGAGUUGGAAAAAUCAUCAAUUUUGUACUUUAGUUAGACAAAGUUCAAACAUUUUCAGGAAAAUUUAAAUGUGUCCAAAUCUUCUGAAUUUUUAUCGAAAAUUGCAGGAUUUUUUGAGCUAAAAAAAUCGAAUUUUUUUGACUUUGAAAACCAGGAAAAUCUUUCUUUAAAAAAUUUAAUUUGGAAUUAGGCUAAGUUCAAAAUUUUUUCGAAUUUUAGCCAGAAAAAUCUGUCUUCGUCCCAUUUAAAUUUGAGUUAAGCUAAGUUUAAAUUUUUAAAAUUUUAUGUCAGAAAAUUUCAGUAUUAUGUAAUCUUCUGAAUUUUUAUCAAAAAUUGAUCAGGAUUUUUGAGCUAAAAAAAACUAUAGAAAACAUUUUUGAUUUUGAAAACCAGGAAAAUCUUUAUGAAGUUCAAAUUCGAAUUAGGCUAAUGGGCCUAUGCAGAAUAAUAUUUUGUAAUAAAAAAACAUUUAAAAACAUUUUUUUCCUAUGCAGAAAAACGUCGAAAAAACAAAAUAAAGACAACGUGAAAUUGAGAGAGCGCAGACAUAAAAUGGGUUUUUUGUCUGCACUCUCUCAAUUUCACGUUGUCUCUACUCAAAAUAAUAAACUGUAUAUUUUGUUUUUUCGACGUUUUUCUGCAUAGGAAAAAAAUGUUUUUUUAUUACAAAAUAUUAUUCUGCAUAGGCCCAUAAGUUUAAUAAAAUAUACUAAUUGGGAAAAUUUUUUUCGGCAAUAGUGUGUCCGGAUCCCGUUCUCAAAACUGUGCGCAUAAAAAAUGAUGAUCAAAAAAAGAAAAAGUUUCUAAAUGUUGGCAGCUCGAUGCGCUUCCUAUUCAUUCUUUCUCAAAAUGUCUGUGAGUGCGCGGAGAAUCAAAAGUUUGAAAACUCCAAUGUAUUUUUCGAUUUUAAAAUGUGUCGCUCGACUUUUCUCAAUUUCCAGAAGACCAUUUUUGAUGGGACCUUCACCAUUCUAUCCCAAAUUCUUUCCUAUCGAGGCGCUAAUAUUCGAGUUUUCAAAAAAUGCGCGAGUUUUCACGUAAAAAAUCAAAACUUUUUUCAUGUAAAAAAGAAUGAUCACGUUUUUAUUCCAAAAAAAUUAAAGGACACGUUUCUUAUCUGAUCUUUCUGUUUUCUGAAAAAAGCGAACAAUUUCUGGGCAUUUCUCAAUGUUUCUCUUUACCUAACCGGAAAAUAAAUCGAAAGUAAGUCAAACUACUGUAGAUGGCGUUAGCCAGCGAAGCUCUUCUACAUUAGCAUCAGAAAUGACAACUUCCUAAAAAAUUGAAUUUUAAUUUUAAGAGACCAAAAAGUAUGCGGGAAAAUUUUUCAUUUUAAAAAAUGGUAACAAUUUAUAAAAAAAUUGUUUCGGUUUAAAAACUGAGAAGAUAAAAUAAAAAUUAAUUUUUCUAAUUCGAAAUCACAAAAAAUCAAAAAACAACCGCGAAGUCUACUGUAUAUUUUAUUUUCUCUUCUACGACUUUUGGAUUUUCGAAUUGACAAUAUUAUCUACUAUAUACCUCUACUUCUACUAUAUACUAAUUGGAAACUGAAUAGUUUGUCCAGGCCCCGUUCAGGUCUUCAACGUUCAUGAAAAUUGAUGAUCAAAAAAUGAAAAGUUUGCAAAUUUUGGCACCUUGGUGCACACACCAUCUGUUUUUGAUUAACUUUGCUCGGGGUGCGCGGAGCACAAAAAGUUUGAAAACUCCAAUGUAUUUUUCGAUUUAAAAAUGUGUCGCAAGACUUUUCUCAACUUUCAGAAGGCCAUUUUUGAUGGGACCUUCACCAUUCUAUCCCAAAUUCUUUCCCAUCGAGGCGCUAAUAUUCGGUUUUUCAAGAACUGCGCGAGUUUUCACGUGAAAAAUCAAAACUUUUUUCAUGCUAAAAAGAAUGAGCACGUUUUUAAUCAGAAAAAAUGGCUAGGUCACGUCUCUUAUCUGAUCUUUUUAUUGCUCAGUCAUAGCGGGACAUUUUUAAUCAUUUCUCGCUAUUACUCUACUCCUAAUCGGUUUGAAAAAUAAAUAGAGAAACAGUGAGUUAGAAAAAUUUAUAAUUUGUUCGAACUUUCAGAUAUUGGAUAAUUUCUUUUACAAGAAGAAAAACAAAUACUUUAAUGUGAAUGUUUGAUAGUGAGUUUUGAUAUGUUUGGGAAUCCCAAUAUAGUUAAGCCCAAACAAUUAUUAUCAAUCCAAAAUUUUGUGAGCCUUGGAAGAGAAUCGAUAUGACCGAGAAAAUCAAGCGUUUCCUUUUUCAAUGAAAAUAAUCACAGGGCACCGGAGGUUACUGUACUUUGGUUUUAUCUUCCACGGCUCUGAAAAUUUCAGAUGGAACUAGGGGCUGUUAGCCCCCAGGCGUAACAGUCUUCUUAUUUAUUUCAGUUCCGUUUUUUUCUAUGAUUAUUUUCAAUUUUCUGUGGAAAUCGAAUUCAUUCAAAAUUUCUUUUUUGAUCAAAAAUAGACUCGUGGCAAAAAAAAAUCGGCCCGAGUUUUUUCGUUGGAUGAAAGAAAAAUCGGCCCGAGUUUUUUUCAAAAAAAAUCGGCCCGAGUUUUUUCAAAAAAUCGGCCCGAGUUUUUUCAAAAAAAAUCGGCCCGAGUUUUUUUCAAAAAAAAAUCGGCCCGAGUUUUUUCAAAAAAAUUCUACGUCUCAAAAACUAAUUGUCCUUUAGUUUUUGAGACGUAGAAAAUUUGGAUUAACCUCUUUAUAAAAUCAAGAAAUUAUUUCGCACAUUUUUUAAAACCAUUGUUGUCAAUUUUCUUCAGAAAUUUUAAAAGUCAUACCUAGCGGAGAAAGAAUUCAACGAAAAUCAAAAUUUCGGUUUUUGUUGAGAGAAUCUUUUCCAACUUUUCAAAAACUACAACUCUGUCGUAUUUUAAGACGAAACAUGUUUCUGUUUACACCUAAAGAAAACUACGCGCGAAGCCGGGACAAUCCAGAAGGAGGAGCCGGCGUUAGCCGGCGGAGCCCUUCUGGUAAGUUUAAAAUUUUUAAAUUUUUUUUCCAGAAAAUUUCAGUAUUUCGUAAUCUUCUGAAUUUUUAUUAAAUUUUUUUUGAAAAUCAGAAAAAUCUGUAUCUUUAUAUAAAAUUUAAAUUUGAAAUAGGCUAAGUUUGAAUUUUUCGAAUUUUAGCCAGAAAAAUCUGAGCUAAUUUCAAAAUUUUAAAUUUUUUGUCGAAAAAUUUCAAAGAAAUUUUUUAAAAAUCAGAAAAAUUUGUAUCUUUAUGAAAUUAAAUUUCGAAUCAGGCUAAGUUUGAAUUUUUUCGAAUUUUAGCCAGAAAAAUCUGAGCUAAUUUCAAAUUUCCAGACUGUUCGCGCAAAAUCUGCCAACUUGGCGAAUCAUGCGAAGGUGGAAACUGCGUGCGAGUCGCCGAAAGAUUCUGCACUUUAGCGAUUCGCGAUUGCGGCGAACAAUUCAUUUGCCAAGAAAAUAAAUGCAUUGAUCAAUUGAAACAAUUAAAAGGUUAA